AUGUAUGAAGUGGUAGCAAUGGUUAAACAACUGGGAAUACUAACAUGGUUUAUGACACUUUCAUGUGCAGACUUAAGAUGGCCUGAGCUAUUUAAGAUAAUUGCAAAAACGAAAGGAAACAACUUGAGAGAUGAAGAAGUGGACGCUCUGUCCUAUCAUGAGCGAUGCUCAAUGUUAAAUUUAAAUCCAGUUAUUGUAGCUAAACAUUUCCAGUAUCGAGUCGAAACAUUUUUCAGGGAUGUUUUGCUUACAAAUGCAAACCCAAUUGGCAAGAUAGUAUAUUAUGCACUCCGUAUUGAAUUUCAAAUGAGAGUUUCACCACAUUUGCAUGCCUUAAUAUGGACAUCUGAUUGUCCUGACUUAACAAAUGAUACAAAAGAUGCAUACAUAGAUUACAUUGACCAACAUGUUCAAGCUUACCUCCCAGACAAAGAAACAGAUCCUCAACUUUUUGACUUGGUGAAAACAUACCAGACACAUAACCACAGUAAAACCUGUAGAAAGUAUAAGAACGUUGCAUGCAGAUUUAACUUUGGACAGUUUUUUACUGACAGAACAAUUGUUGCUGAACCUUUGGCUGAAGAUAUGGAUGACAAGAUUAAGUCUAAUAUUCUGACCAGAAGAAAGGAAAUUUUGUCUAAAGUUAAACAAAAAAUUGAUGAUGUGCUAAACCCAAGCAAACCUACUUAUGAUCCACAUGCAACUCCAACUGACAUCCUAAAUGAUAUAGAUAUUACAGAGCAAGACUAUCAAUGGGCUAUAUCAUUAUAUCCAGACUCUGACUAUGAAUUGCACCUCAAAAGACCAAUAGAUAGUUGUUUUAUCAACAAUUACUUUAUUGCUGGGUUAAAAGGAUUUGCCGCAAAUGUUGACUUGCAACCAGUGUUUAAUCAUUACAAGUGUAUCACAUACAUUUGUUCUUACUUUACAAAGGAUGAAACUGAAUGUUCUCAAGCCAUCAUAAAUGCAGCAAAAGAGGCUAAAGAAGCCAACUUAAAUGUAAGAGAUGGCCUAAGAAAAGUAGGUGCAGCUUUUCUCUCGACUUGUGAAGUCAGUGCUCAAGAAUGCGUUUACAGGUGCAUGCCUGAACUCUGGUUAAGAAAAAUAUUCCCGAAAACCCUCUUUGUUAGCACAGAUUUUGCUGAAAAUCGCGUUAGAUUUGCGAAGAAACAACACAAGAACUUGAUGAGUUAG